CCACGCUCCGGACAUUCUCGCCCCACGAUGGCGCAUUCAGUAUUCAGGAGUCCGCUGAGGAGAACUAGCCACAUACUAGGCGAUGUCUAUCGGUCGCUCACCCGCUAUCUCCGCAUUCCAUCUGCUUGCUGAUCUUACGACGGAGUGAUCUUCUGAGCCCCAGACCCAAGGGCGAGGAUGGCCCUCAACGUGAGACCGCCGACUCUGCUUGUGUGCGCAGCCCUGGUCGCUGCUUGUGGCUGCUUGCUCUCGGUUCCUCGGGUCGCCAGCGAGUACAGGGAAGUCCACACCAACGCCUGGUACGACAAGAGCGUCCACGGGAAGCCUGUCAUCGAAUACGUGGAUGUAAAUUUUUUUGUGCAUAAUAUCACCGAAGGCAAGCUCUUUUUGGACAAGGGCCUCAGUAAGGAGACUGGAACCCUCGGCCGCUUCCCUGUGCCAAAGUGCCUGGAGAAAUUCAACCCAUGUCCCUUCGGUCCGAACGGCAAGAGGCGGGAGAUGAGGUCCCGCAAAACCAAGCAGACGGUCUUUAUACACUUAAAUAAUACGAAAACAAAUAAGACUGAAGUAAAGAAAUAUAUUCACGAGGUGGACUCUGAAUGCUAUUGCGAACCAGAGAGCGAAGUUAAUUCCUCACAGGCUUUUAAGGUUCCUGUUCCAUCAGUGUGUCAGUUAUUGAUAUUGCUGUUUUCUUUUAUUAAAAAUGACAUGACGAAUAUUUAACAUACAGUGUGUGCAUUUGUGCAAAGGACAUACAUUGGCUUCUAAAAUAGUCCCAAGCUGCGCGUUGCAAGAUUGAAAGGCUGGGACCACCUGUCCCAGGAGCAGCUUACUCUUCUGCCCGUCCUUGAAAUGACGAUUCACUCUGGCCGAUGCGCAGGCCUGUCCAAUCUAACAUUUACUUCCGUUGUCUUAUUUCUAUAUAAUAAACUGCAUCUCCAAG